CAUGGAUAGAUAGAAGUGAAGGUAGAGACAAUGGGAGAAGCAGCUGGGAAGAUAAGCAGAGAAGAUGUGAUAGCAAAGCUCAAGGACGAUGGCGACUUCGACCGUCUUCGCCUCAAAAUCAUUCGCAAGCUCAAAGAAAACGAAGAACUACGUGAAAAUAUUAUUGCACUGGUGAAGCAGUCAGCAGCACUUAAUCGUCCAGAUGCUGAAAACAUGAAACCAAGGCAACUUUCGGAUGCCAUAUUUAAUGAGGUUGGGGACAAAGUGAUGGGCCAGAUUUCUGAUGGUCUGUGGGACAUAAUCAGAUCAGAGGGUGGGAUGAAAAGUGAAAUAACAGAAACAGUACAGUCUGUCUACAAUAAAUUAGUUACUCCUCAGGCCCAAAUGAAAGAAGGUGAAUCAUCUAAAAAUGAUGGGAUGCCAGUUAAAAUGGAAGCUGACAGAAAUGGAUGCAUCAAGGCCUCAGCUGAUGGAGUUCAUGAUAUGUUAUCUGAUGGUGAACCAAACGAGCCACCGGGUUUCUCUCAGUCCAAAAACCAUCAAGACAACUGCCUUCAGGAGCAGCACAAAGACGAGCAGCAGCUAUCCAUGCCCUAUCAGAGUGGACCAGAGGAAGAACAGAAGGAAAACCCCAACCAUUCUUGGGAUGUGCAGGACAGGUAUGAUGUUGACAACCUCAAGGACAAGCAGCCAUGCAAUGAUAGUGAUGAGGACCCGGAUGUGCCUCCUGGAUUUGGUUAAAGAGUCAACAUAAAAUGGUAGCUGGUAUCUUUCUGCAUGAUUUAAUUUUUGGAACAAUUCAUUGGAUUAUAGUUGAUAACCUAUAGAUAUAAUUUUAGAUUGAUGAGAUGUUAAUGAUAUACCGGGAAAAUUUCCUCCAUCCUGCUAUAGUGUUUAGUAUCAUAUAUAAGGUAGGGAUGUUAAACUUAAGUUUUUCUGUACCACAGUUGAAGACAAUGGUGUGUUACUUGUGAAAUGAACCCUCUUAUGAAGAAAUAAUCUUUCAAUUC